GUGUACAGAUCGUGACUCAGGGGUGGCCUUGAGCAGUAGCCCAUGCUACCCUUUGCCGGGUCCUUUUGCCAUUUUCCAUGCCCUUAGGACCGUCCUGGGGGUCAGUGCCAGCAUUUGUAUUGUCAGUUCAGACACCAGGAAAUGCAGUGGGAAAUGAGUGAGGCAGAUGGUUGCAGCUGCUUGAAAGUCCUCCAGGUGUGGAGGAGCCAUGGGAGCCAUGUUGAAUCCAGGGGUGAGAAAGGGCUUAUGGAAAAAAAUGUCAGGUGGGCGUGAGGGGUUGACUACCAUUCACUCCCACCUCUUUUCUUCACCCACCCUUGAAAAUUUCCUUGAUAGAAAUAGAUGUAAGUCGCAUUUUAAUGACCCCACUUCUCUCCAGGACUCAAAAGUAUUAGAGAAUUAAUCAAUAUUGCAUUACUAUGGUUUAAAUGGCCAAAAGAGAUGUAAACCAUAUUUUUAAAAAUUGGUUUCUCAUCCUCAAUUGGCAUAGCUUGUGGAGACCACUGCAGAUACCAUUGUAAAGUUCAGUCAAGUUAUAGUGGGGGUGGGGCAUGAAGCAUAUCAGGUAACCUUACUAGUAUCCACCUCUGGCCUCUUGCUUGGUCUAGAAGUAAGGAGAGGUCUGUGUAGCCCGGGCUGGUGUGUGUGCGUGUGUCUGUCUGUGUGUUGGGGGUGGGGUGCUUCAUUUGUCCCCUACUAACCAAACGUACAUUUCCUCAGCAGGUUCUCUAGAUCUCUGUUUGCCCUGAAAGGUCAUGAAAAAAUUGCUUUUUAAUUUCUGUCUCCCAAGCAUCUGUCUCGACUCUUAUUUCCUUUCUCUGAUGCCCAUAAUCUGCCUCUUCCCCAGCCCACAAAGAGGUGCUUUGAUCUAUUUUCCUACUGGCUACUUAAGGGCAAUUCCUACAGGGUGGCUGUUAAAAGAGAAAAGCUCUUGCUUUAGGAGGAAGAACCAAGUUGUCCCCGAGUCUCCAAGAGCAAAAUCUCCCCAGCAUCACACCCAGGAUCAGGAGCCUUAAGUGCCAACCUCUAUUCCCUUUUUCUUUAUCCCUCCCGUGAAAAGUAUGUUUUGAGAUAUGUUGAACAGUAAUGGUGCUAUGGGGAUCCUAAGUGGGAGAGUUUUUCUCAGGCCUUUUGGGUGGUCCCAUGAUUCCUGAAACCUGGGCGUGGAGGGGCAGUAAUGUUCGGGAAGAUGGAGUGGGCUGGUUGUCUCAAGAGCCCCUCUUUCCUGGGUCCAAAGGACAGGGAACAUGGGGUGCAGUAACUGAGAGCCCCGCGCACACGCCCCCUUCUACAUGGGUUUCCCUGCCCACGUCGUCACGUGAUCAGGGAGGCGGGGCGAGCGGUGCUCGCUGGGCUGUGGUCUCCCUGCUACCGACCAGGAGAUGCCUGCUCCCGCCGCGCUGGAUCCUAGAAAGGCAUGCACAGGCACAACCAUGGAAGAACUGGAAAGGCUCAGCAAAGAAAUUGAAUCCGUCAAGACUGAAGUUGAAGAAAAGCAGAAGAGCCUCUCCAAACUUGCUUUAACACAUGAAGAGCCAUCGCAAAGUCACAUGACCUCCUUCAGGAAUACAAAUAUGAGGCAAGAUUUUCUUGAAAAUCGCCCGCUUCCAAAGGAAGAGUGGCACGAGCCAUCAAAGAAUGAAGAGAGUCAGGCCAGAAAGUAUGUACUGGACCACAAAUGUCCAGCAACUGAUCUUGAAUAUGAUCCCUUACUGAAUUAUUCUGCAGAGCUGCUUGGGGCAUCGAAAGUGACACAGGCUGAGCCUGACGAACAGCAAGUCUGCCGCUUGAAAAAAUCUGUGGAUGAGAAUCGCCACAUGUCCCAGGAGAGCCAAAGGCCUCAUGUUUCACCAAUAAGAAUUACAAUAAAUCUUCAAGAAUCUGAUGAAGAUGACCUUGUAAUAGAUGUACCUCCAAUCGUGCCUACUUCUAAGAAACCUAAACCAUUGAGAGGCUUCAAAUAUCAGAAUAUGGAUGAAAGGGUACCUAUAAUGUCCCCAGAGGAGAGGAGCCUUCAAAUUACUGGCACAGAAGAGGAAAAAAUCGAUAAAACCCAACUAACCACACAAGUAGAUGAUGACGAUAACAAAUCAGAACCACCAGUAUCGCUCACGCAUAGCUCACUAGAUAUUAAAAGUAACGUAAACUUGAAUCGUGCUAAAAGCCACCUCCCUAAGAUGGGAAGCUGUGGUGGUGGGAAAAACUAUGUCUGUAUUUCCAGAGAGAGCAUACCUCAUGCACCUCUCAGUGACAAAGAAAAACAGAACAGAAUGCAUAAUGAAAGGUAUCCACAUCACAAAAAAUAUGUAAAAACAAUUGACAAUCCUCACAAUGAAGAAACUGAAGGUUGGUAUUCAAGCCGGCCCCAGGUCUCUCCCGCAGGUGAGCGUGCAGAAGGCGAAGUGUUAGAAAGACCAGACAAUAGUCGGGACCUCACUACUUUUGAGGACCGCAAGGUAGUCCAAUUUGAUUUUGGUAAGGAACCUACUGAGGAGGACACUCCCUCUCAUUCCGGUGACACUAGGAAGGAAUGCCUUCGAAUUUUCACAGAGUUCACAGAAAGUGAAGCUUGUAAGGGAGAGACUACUAAACAGGCUUCAGGAAAGCAAACGGGAUUAGAUAAGUUGUAUUAUCAAAACCUUUCUGGACCCAAAAAGAGAAUUGCACACAUUGCCAAGUUCAAUGUUCCAACCAGUAAAGACAUCCUUAGCCCAUUCAGGGAGCCAGUGGCACCACUGAUGAGUCGCCCUGGCAUCCUUCGUGCCCAGCAACAGGCAGCACAGAUCACGGCUGACAUAAAGAGUGGGCAGGCUUUUGUUGCUGCCACUUCAGAACAAAAGAAAACUACAUUUGCAUGUCCAGUCUCUCAGACCCAAAGGAGAGUCUCAGGAGAAAAUUCACUUACAUCAACCAAGCUUCAUCAGGAUGUAUUUCUAUCAAGGGAAAAGCCAAAUGCAAAACCAAGCAGAUCACACAUUCCUGUGAAAAGUGUUGCUGCUUUUCCUGUGAAGAUGCCGAAAUACAAAGUGGCUCAUCGGAAGCGGGCUUUAGUCACAUCAGAAUCCUCUGUCAAAGUCCCUGAGGAAGUAAGACAACGCUAUGUCAACCUCUUUGUUGAGAAGUAUUUGACAGUUUAUAAAACAGAGGAUGAGGCUGUUAACAAGGCUAAAAUAGAAGAAAAGGCCAUUUACGAACGCUGUGGCAGUAGAAAUAUGUAUGUGAACAUAGCGAUAAAUACUCUUAAGAAACUGAGAGAUCAAGGUGUCCCUGGAAGCAAUAACAACGAUAAAACAACGGGAUUGAAAAAGAAUGAAAAGAAAAGUGCACUCACAGGAAUUGUUCUCUACAGACAUCUGCAAGACUACCUUCUAACGGAAGAACAGUUACAUGAAAAUGACUAUCCACAACCCAGCCCUGAAAAACCAGGAAGUAUUAUUUUAAAUCCAGGCAUGACCAAAGCUCUUCUAAAUGACACUUCUAGGAAGAUCUGUUGUCGUUGUGGGAAAAUAUAUGGUGUGACUCCCACAGGCAAACACAGUAGGGUAGAAGAAUGCUACUACCACUUUGGCCGAGUGCUGACUCAGAAAGUCCUCGGUGGCUCAGAAACACGGUACAGCUGUUGUGAAGGUGUCCUUGGCUCUGCCGGGUGUCAGGUCGCCAAGCUUCACGUUCAUGACCAAAAGGAAAACCUAGAGGGCUUUGUGAAGACUUUUGUCAAGUCCCCACCCCCCGACGGCAAUCAUGGUGUAUUUGCUGUGAACUGUGAGGUGUGCUACACAGCCAAAGGUUUGGAACUUACGCAAGUGACGGUGGUUGAUCCCAGCCUUCAGGUGGUCUAUGCUACAUUUGUGAAACCAGAUGAAGAAGUAAUUGACUAUAACACUAGGUUUUCUGGUGUGGUCGAAGAGGACCUGAAGAACAUCAAAACUUCAAUCCGUGAUGUCCAAGCCAUCCUGUUGAACCUGUUCAGUGCUGACACUGUCUUAAUUGGACACAGCUUUGAAAACAGUCUUUAUGCUCUUAAGUUAAUUCACACUUCAGUUGUGGACACAACAGUUCUGUUUCCUCAUCGACUAGGCUUGCCUCACAAAAGAUCCCUUAAGAGUCUGGUGGCUGACUACCUACAGAGGAUUAUUCAGGAUGAUGGUCACAAUUCAAUUGACAAUGCAACUGCCUGCAUGGAACUGGUCCUCUGGAAGGUAAAAGAAGACCUGAAAGGAAGGAAGUAAUCAUUUUGUCUGACAAGAUCUGCAAUCCCUGCCUUGUUGUGUCAGUGACCCCUCUGGCCUCUGCUGCUGCCAGUAGAGUUUGGUCUAUGAUGGCAUGAAGUUUCUUGACCUUUUUCUUCAAAGAGGACAAAGGAAAGCGCUGUUGAGGUUUAUUUAUUACAUUUUAAAGGCUAAAUUUCCAUAGUUUAUUUCUUAAGUUAUGAUUGCUGAGGGGAGAAUGGUUAAUGGGUAAAUUAAAGUUGGUUUGUUUUGAAUUUUUGGUUCCUCUUCAUUGAUAGUAACAAUGGUUUCAAGUUGAAGCAAUGAGUCCGUGACUUCCAUCAAGGUCAUGUCUGAGGUUGCAUACAUUUCUUUUUCUCUCUCAAUACCUAAAACUGUCUUUACCUAAUACGCAGACUUUUUUUAGGUCUCAUAUAUAUGUAGAAUAGGUUUUCCUCACAAAGUAAACGUAAAUUUUCAGUGUCUGUUAACAAAAAGAUUUAGGUCUUUUGGCUAAUGCAUUAUGUGUUUUUAUUCUAACUGCUAUAAUGUUACCUGAUUUUAAUUCAUAACCACUCCUUUUUCUAAGGGAGUGUCCUGUGGGUCCCCCAAACGUACCAUGCUCUAACCUGUGUUCCUAAUAUCGGAAUUGUCUGAAUUCCUUUGAGGAGUUAGCUCCUCCUUGCUUAAUUGCUUUUUGAUGAUGUGGAAACUACACGACAUAACUCAGUUUGAUUACCCUUAAGGAUGAACCUUCAAUAUUAAUGUUGCUAAAAUGCUGCAAAAUGACAAAGGUUUCUUUGCCGAUGAUACAGGUGCAUCUGAGUAAUCAGUAGUGAGACCUGAGUGCCAGAAGGACCCCAGGUGCCUGCGACGACAGGCCCUCAAACAUACUUCAGGUUUGCUGCCUUGGCAUUUUGAGUUACAAAUAAGUAUCACUGAACAUCUUUUUCUUACUAUCGCAAGUACUUCUCCGCCAUGUCUCUUUUCAUGUACUUGAUAUGAAAUAAAAUAAUUCAAAUUUUGGA